CUGAGAUAAUGAAUUGCGCCGGUUCUCUAUUUUCCCUCGAGGGACAAGGACGCGAAGGUCGAGAUUGAAGGAUGAUCCGCUGGAAUUCUUAAUACGCAGUUUAACGCCUCUCAGAUUAGAGCGGCAAGGAUUGCUGGAAGAUUCUUUCUCCGCCCGGCGAUCGAUCGAUCUCGUUAAGCACUUUCGUCGCGGCGCUGGUCGCUUCGCGCAAUAUCGCGAUACUCCUCGUCGGCACGGUGUCGUUGGCAUUCAAACGCAGUUUCAUGCAUAUUGCAUAAGAUGUAAAACAACUUACAGGGACAAUGACGUCAGUGUUGUCGCACGGGGUUGGAGAAAGAGAGAGAGAGAGAGAGAGAGAGUGGGAGAGCGGGAGACCAAGAACGAGACUGCGUCUUGUUUGUCGCAUGCAGCGGACGUGACACGGACAAGAUUAACGCUUUACACCCUGUUUUCCUCGGGGUUGUAUACGCAACCUUCUGACCGUAUCAAGACUUCGGCUCCGUAUCGACAAUUCGAGGACGCACGAGUUGAGCUUGAUAUUUACAGAGCAUUAAUCGCCACGGCAUGCCUGUCAACGGAGUACGCGUAUUACCAAAUAUGCCGUCGAACGUCCCGCAUCUGCAGACCUUGAUACGGGAGUUUGAGACGACUUUCAACGACUGGAGCAGCCACCGCAGCUCCGGUUCGGAGUCGUCGGCUUCGAGCGGCGGCAGCUUCGUCAAGAAGAUCGUGCAGGCUUACGAGAUGAAUAUGAAGACAUCUUUGGAGAAUGUUCAGCGGAACCGAGUUGAAAAAGAAAACGACCUCUUCAACAACCUCGAAAUCAUUCGGAACUGGAAGAACGCGGAGAAGAGCGAUUCGAGCCCGACGGGGUGUGAAUUCAGCAAUCUGCCAGCUUCGAACAAUUUGAAGAUGAAGUCCACGAUUUUUUCCGUCCAAUCUGUUGCCGAGAAUGAUUUUGUGGCACCUAAUCAGCACUGUUCGAACAGCAACGACAGCACAGCCCUGAAGACGAGGUCGGCAGUUUUUUCCAAGAUCAACAUGUACGGCCCCGAGAGCGAGCUGCCAAAUAUUCCAUCGAGAAAGAAGAAAAUAGGUCAAUUUUUCUGCAGUUCCUUGAAGAACGAGGUUGAAGAUAAAUCAAAAAGUAAUGGAUCGAUGACUUUCUCAAGUUUCUUGGAGGAUGAGGACAAGGACGAAGAUCCACUUGACAAUAUCUUGACGAAUUCCCGCGAUUCGAGCGGCAUCAACGACAACAGUUACAGAAACUUGCAGAUCGAUCUGUACAAUUUCGAGGACAAGAAAUGGGAGCACGAGCUCUCUUCGAGUUCGUUGCCGUCACUGAAGUCUUCCUCGAAAUCGUCGCACGACGACGUGCUGAGCACUAGCACGGAUUCAUACUCUCAGACUAUCACCAUGACACGCUCCAUGGACGUUUCGAGAGACUCAGAAAAUUUUCAGAACAUGGAAUCGGAAACGAUGCAGUCCUGCUUCAAGCUGGAAUCUCCGUGCAAGAUCGGCGCUUCGCUUAAGCGACCGAUCAAGAUUGACAAUAGCGUGUGCGUGACGUGGGCAUCGGCGAUAAGCGAGAGACUGUCGCAGAAGAAAUCAUUGAAGAAACUGCUAUCGGCGAUCAAUUCCAGGUUGUCGCUCAAUUGCAAGAAAAUCAUCGGGAAAUCGAGAGGGAAGCAGCGGAAGGAACAGCAACAUGUUGUCGACUCGGGAUUCGCCGAGCAGUUCCCGUCCCCAUUGUCCUUUCUCCCGCAGAAGUCUUCCGAUCACGAUGAGAAGCUGUCGACAACGCCGACCUUCGGGACCUUCGGCCACGCGAAGACCACGAGUGAAUGUCGCGCCAGCAGCAGAAGAACAGCCGAUAAUCCUCGCAUAGUGUUGACCGAAGUAUCUCACGGGGAACUUACUCUCACGGACGACCCUGAACUUUCCGAUCCGAUCUCUUGGGUGUCUAUACGCAGCACACCUUCCUCCUCCAGGAAGCAUGUUGACCUUUCGUCGAAGAAUGCGAGCUUUUCGAAGCUAAAGGCGUCUUGCGAGCACCCGUUGAUUCCUAAGCAUCCCCAUCUAUCCCAAAGCAAGAUUCCCAAGCACCCUUUCGUUGCACAGACGAAGAUGGAUCAGAUGGAGAAGGGGGGAACGGCGGCAAAGGAGGAAGAGGUGAAGCUUCGUACGAACAUGGAACUAAGAUUGGAUGAACAGGAGCUGAGAUCUAUGUCGUCUACACUUCUAUCCAUACCUGCGUUGAACAUCUCGUAUGUGCAUCCCAGGACGUGCGAAUGGGUAGCUUCAUCUCCAAAAAGCAGCUACGAUCUACUAAGCGCGCAAUCGUGUAAUUCAACGUUCGACGAGAUCGCUCUUCAUCAGGAAUCACUAGUCUACGACGUUCCGAAGCAGGUGUUUAAUCUCACCACGGAUUCUACAUCUUCCGUCCAAUUGCACGAGAGAAGCGAGCCUCGCGCGCCCCGUUACGCCACCGUCAACUCGAAGAACCUGAGAUUCUCCAUGUCUCGGGAGAAAUUACGGGCGAUUGAAAGGAGCUUCGAUGCUUGAAGGGGCAUCAGAAGUAUAUUCGCUCGGAAAAGACUCUUCCAACAAGUUUUGCAGAGCUGCCGUCCGCGAUUUAAUUAAACUUUGCCGCACAUCGUGCCGGAUAAUCUGUCCGUGUGAUUUACUGUUACGGUUAAUUAAUCUGCACUUGACUUAAUUUUUUAGAUUAAACGAUUUGGUUUCACGAUACUUAGGUCGAUGAGAGCGAUUUACGCUUGUUUUGCUAGCGUCCGAUGUUUGCGCUGAAAUGACAUGUGAUUGUUGGCAAACGGAUUUGUUGCGUCAAGCCACCGACCGAGUUUAGUUGACAAUGCAAACCGCAGGACAUCACUGUGCAAUUAUUCUAGUCAAUAGAAUUCUAAUUUGUUGUGAAUUUUGAUUGGCGGUAAUCUUGUUUAAUGACGUAAUUCAAUAAGAUUUCUACGACGAUACUCAACGAAGUUGAAUCCUGUCCGAAUUUUCAUAAAACUCUCAUAUUUCCGCCAAUCGUUGCGUUUUAUAGUGCUGAUUUCAUUGACUAGAUUAUUUUCACACGGCUAAAAUGCAGAGUGUCAGUUGAAAAGGCAUUUUAGGAAAAUUAGAAGUUCGAUUUGUACGCGCUUUCCUCUUUUGUGGAAAGGACUCGUGCGCGUCUCUUUUUUAGGAACGUCAGUACGAGCACUCGGGAAAAUUUCCAUCAAAGAGAAAACUGAGCGAUAAUGUUACGUGCGAUUUUAUUUUCGCAAGAAUUUCUAUCAGGAAGCAUAAUAACAUUUCGCUCGUUUGCUAGAAAUGUCGCACGACAAUUUCACAAUUAGCGUCGUCCACGAGAUUGCUCUUUUAAUUGCCUUUUUAAAAUUUUUUAAAUUUUAUCCGAUUUAAUUUUUCCGUCUCUCGCGUUGCGCAAAAGGAAGAAGGAAUUUGACAUUGGCGUACAAUUCUAUUUACUCGUCUGUCUUUCGAUGAAAUUUCUAGCUUUCAAUCCGCGACAGGUUCAUAUCGCGAGGAUCCCGUUCAUUUCUCACGAAAUGACACACGAAGAUCCCUUUAAAAGAUCUGAUAAGAUUGUACGAAAGCAGAAAGGCAUAUCAUAUAGCGUUUACCCUUAUCGACGAAGACGCGCUCUUCGAGUCUCUCGUAUUUCUUGUGGAAAUAUCGAAGACGAUCUCGAAUAGCAUCGAACAGACUGCCAUUUGUACAAUAACGAUUUUGCAACUUCUGCCAUUGAAAUCUGUCAAUAUAUUACUUCCAUUACAGUUAGAUAUAGAAAUAAAUAGCACUUUGACAUUGUGUGCGGAAUUGACUGAACAUACCGACAUGUGUUCGAUAGAUUUGUACUACUUCUAAAUAUAAGAAGACUUAUAUAUAUAUAUGUUUUAUAUUUUUUUGUAUCUAUAUUUAGUAUAUAUUUUUAUUCUAAUGUCUGCUUUGCCUCUUUCGUUCCAAUAAAUAAAUUACGUCAAAUUUGAAA